AUGUGGACUCUGGGUCUAAAGCCCGCUGAUGUACCGGGCUCUCCAUUGCCUGCCAUUCUUAUUGGCCUCUUUGUAUCGUUCGGGGGAGUGCUGUUUGGAUAUGAUACUGGCAUUAUUGGUGGUAUCCUAGCAAUGAAGAAAUGGCGGGAGCUGUUCUCGACUGGCUACAUCAACCCAACCGAUCACCUACCUGAUGUCAAUACUGCCGAGCAAUCUGAGAUUGUAUCGAUCUUGUCAGCCGGCACAUUCUUCGGGGCCAUAUUUUCUGCUCCGGCAGCCGACUACCUUGGACGGCGUUGGGCCAUGAUUUUGAACAGCUGCGUCUUUGCCUUCGGUGUUGUCCUGCAGGUGGCUUCGACUUCUAUUCCCCUCUUCUCAGCCGGACGAUUCUUCGCGGGUGGUGGUGUUGGCUUGCUUUCCGCCACCAUCCCGCUGUAUCAGUCUGAGACAGCCCCGAAAUGGAUCCGUGGCACCCUUGUUGGCUGCUACCAGCUGUCCAUCACCGUCGGACUCUUCCUCGCUGCCAUCGUGAAUAACGCAACCAAAAAUCGAGAUGAUACUGGAUGCUAUAGGAUCCCCGUGGCCGUCCAGUUUCUCUUCGCCAUUAUUCUUAUCGUCGGAAUGCUUCUACUGCCCGAAACGCCACGGUACCUGAUCAAGAUCGGAAAGCCCAACGACGCAGCGAAGGCACUAUCCCGCCUCCGAAGACUGCCAGAAGAUCACCCUAGCAUCCAGGAGGAAGUUGCCGAAAUACGGGCAAACCACGAAUUUGAGCUCUCGCUCGGACAGGCAUCCUAUUUAUCUUGCAUCAAGAAGCCUAUCCGCAAGAGGCUGCUCACCGGCAUCUUCCUCCAGGCUCUGCAGCAACUGACGGGUGUCAAUUUUAUAUUCUACUAUGGCACAUCUUACUUUUCCAACUCUGGCCUGGAGAACCCGUUCACCGUGUCAGUAAUCACCAGCGUGGUUAACAUUUGCUCGACUCUACCUGGACUGUGGCUCGUGGAGAAAUGGGGUCGUCGAAGGCUUCUCUUGUUCGGAGCAGUGGGCAUGGCUACGAGUCAAAUGAUAGUCGCCAGUGUUGGGACAGCGUUGCCGGACAAUCUCGCGGCCAACAAGGCUUUGAUUGCAUUUGUCUGCAUCUACAUUUUCUUCUUCGCUUGCUCUUGGGGUCCUUCUGCCUGGGUCAUCACCGGCGAGAUUUUCCCUUUGAAAGCAAGGGCCAAGGGGUUGUCAAUGACGACUGCCUCGAAUUGGCUGCUCAAUUGGGCCAUUGCAUACUCGACGCCUUUUCUCGUCAACAGUGGACCCGGAAAUGCAGAUCUCGGCUCCAAGGUUUUCUUCAUCUGGGGCGGAUUUUGCUGCCUCUGUGCGGUCUUUGUGUACUUUUCGGUCUAUGAAACCAAGGGUCUCAGUUUGGAGGAGGUGGACGAGCUUUACACAGACGUCAAGUAUGCCUGGCGAUCACAGCAUUAUCAACCCUCCUCUACAUUCGUUCAGAUGCAAGAAGAUGUUCAAAGAAAGGCUUCGGUCCUCAUAACUGAAGGAGAAACGAAGAGUGUUGUCGAUUCCAGUGUCCAUAUCGAAAGCCAGUAA